AUGCCUCAAAACUUCUUUGUCCGCGUGCUAAGCGCCGCAGUUGUCGGCCUUGCUCUCGGGGCGACUCCCGCGCAAUGCGGUGAGACGGACGACCUCUUCCUGGAACUGGAUGUCAACCAAGUCGCCAACGGCACCGCAGGCUCGUGGAUUCGCGCCCCAUGGGGGAAGUCGAACUGCUCGAAGGACGCCCGGGGCUACCGGCUGGCCACCCCGGAGCUCUUCGCCCAGGUCGCCGCGCGCUACAAUGGCACGAGCACGGCCGACGAGCACGCGGAGCUGGUGGAGCUCAUCGGCAGCGUGCUGACCGAAGACCUGGCCACCCUCGCCGCGCGGGAGACCUACUCCACCAGCUGCAGUGGGAACUACCUGGCCCUGCGGUCGGACUGCGACACGGUGCUGACGUUCAUGAGCGAGGCUCAGAGCUAUACCGGAAACAUGCGCCAGCUCUCCUCGUCCGGCGACUGCUUCUUCCGCGUCGGACCCCCCGGCAGCGCCCCCGGGGUGACCUGGUACCAGGCCCAUGCGGUCGGCAAGCUCAUCUUCAAUGACUGCCAGCGCACGAAGCCGUGCUGCUCGAACUACUAUGUGUCCGGGUACUCGCCGAAGAAUAGCGGGCACAAGAAGCUGUGCUUGAGUUCGAAGUCGACGGGUUGUUCUUGAGGUAUCACUCAUUAUAUGUAUUCAAGGGGAUUCAUGUGAAGGAGCUGUGGUUGGUGGAUCUG